AUGGACAGCCAUCGUCGGAGUAGCAUUGUAGAACCCACGGGCGGCGGUUACGUACCGGAUACAAGAAGUCAAUUGAACACGACGACGGUACAACCCAAGCCACCGCAACAGCGGGCCCCUGAAUUCGGUGCAAGACCGCCGCGGCCCGAAUUCUAUCAGCAAGGUCCGUACGGCGCGCCCAACAGGCCACAGGGACAGCAGCAAAGGCCGCCACCACCGAGAACACCCGGUGAUAAUAAGGCCAGUCCUUGGAAUCUUAUCCGGCAAACUCUGCCACCGGACGUCGGCGUCCGUGGUCCGGGACAGUUGCAGCAACAGCGUGGGCCUCCACCGCAGAACUAUAACAACAUCAACAACAACAACAGCAUGCAACAGAGACCACCAAUGCAACAAGAACAACAACAGUAUAGGCAACAGCUGCCGAUGCAGGACCGCCGUGGCCCUACCUCUCGGGUCGGCGAUGACAGGACGCAGUUCAGGUCGGAAAACGGUAGACAGGCGAGACCCGUAGGAGGCGAUGAUGACGAAGAAGUAGUGGUCAACUCUUCCAUUAACCAACAGCAGCAGCCGGCGCUAAAUCGAAGGGAUUCGACAGUAUUUGCAGGCGGUCGAAUCGGUGACGGAACGGCCGACCCAAACAAGCAGUGGCAGCCGAGGGCGGUGGCACCGGGAGCUGUACAGUACGGAAAACCACAGCAGCAGGAACAACAGUACGGAAGACAAUCGUUGGUGAUACCCGAGGGACAGGAGCAGACACGUUUUCCUACUCAGGCAGCCGGCGGGUACAACAGCACCAGGCCCGCUGCUCCGCAGGAAGACGAUGGUGUCCUCAACGGCAGUAGACAACCGGCGCAGGUGCAAAAUGGCAUGCAAAAAAUCAGAGACUUGCAGCCACAACAACAACAACAACAGCCACAACAACAGAAACAGCAGCAGCAACAACAACAGCAACAUUUGUUGACGAGACGGGACAGCGUGUUGGACGCGAAUACUGCAAAGGCCGGAGUGGAUAUGAUGUCACGAAAGAACGACUUAGUGGCCGAGUACGGUAGGAGGCCGGCGCAGGACUUGUUGCAGGAUGAAGGUGGUAACAGGCGGCAGUCGGAGCUUACCGGUGGUGCUCGAAGACUUGCGCCCGGACAGGAGUCUGUACAAGAGGAUGGUAAACGGCCGGCCGCCGAGUUUAAGAAAACGGAACAGGAAGACGUGACUGGCAGACGUUUGACGGACUUCAAAAACAUCAGAUCAGAAGUCGGUCCCACCGCAGAGUACGGCGCGGCCAGCAGACAGGUGGCCGCGGCGACUAGGCCGGACGACAGACCGUCAGCUGUCAGAGAUUACGAACAGCCGCGGUACGAGCGCAAAACAUCACCGGAAAAAGAUCAGCCUGCUGCCCAGAGGCCGGUUGCGGUGGAGCACGGCAACCGGGCGUCGGAACUUAGAAAGUUACACUUCGAAGCCACUCAUUUGAAAACGGCCAAGGAGCAAACGCGGGUGGCCCACGACGACGGCAAGGUGGGCUCGGCGCGGGGUAGGGAGCCGCCGGUGGAUGAGACGAGAGCUGCUAGGGAUUACGCCGCCGCGGCGGUGAAGUCGACCAGCGAUGGUGACCCGCUAAACGAACGGUAUAGAGCGACGUUCAUCUCGGCGGAAGACCGCGUUGCCGUCGGAGAUGACGAGGUCGUGCCGCAGCUGAGUAAGAACUCCAGGCCCGAUACUUUAAAAAUAAUUAAAGACAAUGAACCCCUCAAAGAUUCGUCAAACUCGAAAGGCGAUCAUCAGAACGACAAUGACGUGGGCAAGUCGCCGAGCAAAAUCCCGAAAAAAGACCGUUCAGAAUUGAAAACUCCCACCCGAGCGGUUACGCCAAAGUCUCCUGCGGAGAGCGUGAUGUCAAUUGGACAGAAGAGGUUGCCAAUGAACAAAGUGCAAGUGGGCUCUGCGCCAUCUCCGAAUCUCAAGGUAGUCCGGUCGAAAGUCGGAUCACUGCAGAACACCAGUCACAAACCGGGAGGUGGGCAAGUGAAAAUCGAAAACAGAAAACUCGAAUGGAAAGCUGGUACGAGAGUCGAGGCCAAAAAUGACGCUUACGUUCCCGGCGGUGGAGACAAAAAGAUUCAAAGUGUUAAGCUGCAGUGGAACGCCAAACCUAAAGUAGGUUCACUGGACAACAAAACCCACAAGCCGGGGGGAGGAGACAAAAAAAUCGAGACCGUUAAGCUCGACUUUAAAGACAAGGCAAAACCGAAAAUUGGGUCUAAAGACAAUAUUAAACACACUCCCGGUGGAGGAGCUGUCAAGAUCGAGGAUCAAAAAGUGGACGUCAUUAAAGCCCAGAGCAAGGUCGGCUCGUUGGACAACAUGAAACACAGACCAGGUGGUGGAGAGGUGAAAAUAUUCGAUGACAAGAGUUACAUAAAACAAACGACAGCGGGACAGAUCGGAACGCCAACAAAAACGCAGAGUUCGAGAUCAUCGCAGGCCGGCAAUGUAGCUGAACAAGAAAUUUAG